CCACUUCGCCUUUUCCUCUCCAGGCUUUAUAAAACCAGCGGCUUAAACCCUCCCCACCUCUCCAUAUCAGCUUCCAGACACUUCUCCCGUCCCGUCCCCAGCCAACCUCCCAUCCCCGUCUCGCGUCGCAGCGGCAGUUCCACUCCCUCGCCAUGGGCAAGAUUAAGAUCGGAAUCAACGGUUUCGGAAGGAUCGGGAGGCUCGUCGCCAGGGUCGCCCUCCAGAGCGACGAUGUCGAGCUCGUCGCCGUCAACGACCCAUUUAUCACCACCGAGUACAUGACCUACAUGUUCAAGUACGACACCGUUCACGGCCACUGGAAGCACAGUGACAUCAAGCUCAAGGACGACAAGACGCUGCUCUUUGGCGAGAAGCCAGUUACCGUCUUCGGCGUCAGGAACCCUGAGGAGAUCCCGUGGGGUGAGGCUGGUGCCGAUUACGUUGUGGAGUCCACCGGUGUCUUCACUGACAAGGACAAGGCCGCUGCUCACUUGAAGGGUGGUGCCAAGAAGGUGGUCAUCUCUGCCCCAAGCAAAGAUGCCCCUAUGUUUGUGGUUGGUGUCAAUGAGGACAAGUACACCUCAGACGUUAACAUUGUCUCAAAUGCUAGCUGCACCACUAACUGCCUUGCUCCCCUAGCAAAGAUCAUUAAUGACAACUUCGGUAUUAUUGAGGGUUUGAUGACCACUGUUCAUGCCAUCACUGCCACACAGAAGACCGUUGAUGGUCCCUCGAGCAAGGACUGGAGAGGUGGCAGGGCCGCAAGCUUUAACAUCAUUCCCAGCAGCACUGGUGCUGCCAAGGCUGUUGGCAAGGUUCUUCCUGAGCUGAAUGGCAAGCUUACCGGUAUGUCUUUCCGGGUUCCCACUGUGGAUGUGUCAGUUGUUGAUCUCACUGUUAGAACCGAGAAGGCUGCAUCAUACGAUGACAUCAAGAAGGCUAUCAAGGCUGCAUCUGAGGGAAAACUCAAGGGGAUCAUGGGUUAUGUCGAGGAAGAUUUGGUCUCCACUGACUUUGUCGGUGACAGCAGGUCGAGCAUCUUUGAUGCCAAGGCUGGAAUUGCUCUGAACGACCAUUUCGUCAAGCUCGUCUCGUGGUACGACAACGAGUGGGGUUACAGCAACCGCGUUGUCGAUCUGAUCCGCCACAUGGCCAAGACUCAGUAGAGCGUUCUGAUUUCCUUUGGUCAGAGGUGUCCCUGCUUUGUCUAUGCGAAGAAUAAAUGUGGAUGGUGUCGCCAGACGACGCCUGGUUCAUGUUAGUUGGACAUGAGUUACCUUCUGUUUUCCGCAUCAACUAGUACUAUCUGUAAUGGAGUUGCUAAUCAAGUACUCUUUUUUGGUUGUGGUUUGUGAAGAUUAUAUAAAUCGUUCAGUCCA